UCCCUGCCCGGUGCGUGAGCGGCCGGCGGGGUCGCGAGGACAGACGGGCUGGUGGCUCCCCAGCCACGCUCUGGCGAAUGCGCGUCCGUAGCCAACACUUUGUACUUUGUUAGUGGACAUCCCUGCUCCUCCAGGCGUGGCGACGCGGGCCAGAGUGACACGAGUUGGCGAUGCCGUGGCACCAGUGAAACUUUCAGAGUUUCACAGCACAGAUGAUGGAAAAUGUGCACCUGGCGCCAGAAACAGAUGAGGACGAUCUUUAUUCUGGUUUUAAUGACUACAAUCCAGCCUAUGAUACUGAGGAGUUGGAGAAUGACACCGGUUUUCAGCAAGCGGUGAGAACCAGUCAUGGCAGAAGACCUCCAGUAACUGCUAAAAUACCAAGCACAGCAGUCAGCAGACCCUUAGCCACUGGAUAUGGGUCUAAGACAUCCCUGGCAUCAUCAAUGGGAAGACCAAUGACAGGGACUAUUCAGGAUGGAGUUGCUCGACCCAUGACGGCAGUGAGAGCAGCUGGCUUUUCCAAGUCAGCUUUGAGAGGCUCUGCAUUUGAUCCCUUCGGCCAGUCCAGGGGCCCUGCUCCUCCUUUGGAAGCUAAAAACGAAGAUAGCCCAGAAGAAAAGAUCAGACAGCUGGAGAAGAAAGUGAACGAGCUGGUAGAGGAGAGCUGUAUCGCCAACAGCUGUGGGGACUUAAAACUGGCCUUAGAAAAGGCAAAAGAUGCAGGAAGAAAAGAGAGAGUCCUGGUGAGGCAACGAGAGCAAGUUACGACUCCAGAAAAUAUCAACUUGGAUUUAACGUACUCUGUUCUCUUCAACUUGGCCAGUCAGUAUUCAGCCAAUGAAAUGUAUGCAGAAGCACUGAACACAUAUCAAGUGAUAGUGAAAAAUAAGAUGUUUAGCAAUGCAGGGAGACUGAAAGUGAAUAUGGGAAAUAUUUAUUUAAAGCAGAGGAAUUACUCCAAAGCCAUUAAGUUCUACCGAAUGGCCUUAGAUCAGAUCCCGAGUGUCCAUAAGGAAAUGAGGAUUAAAAUAAUGCAGAACAUUGGGAUUACAUUUAUAAAAACUGGUCAAUAUUCAGAUGCCAUUAAUUCAUUCGAGCACAUCAUGAGUAUGGCCCCAAAUCUGAAGGCAGGCUUCAACCUAAUUCUCAGUUGUUUUGCCAUUGGAGACCGAGAAAAAAUGAAGAAGGCGUUCCAGAAGUUAAUUGCUGUUCCGUUAGAAAUUGAUGAAGAUGAUAAGUACAUCUCCCCAAGUGACGAUCGCCAUACUAACUUACUGAUUGAAGCCAUAAAAAAUGACCAUCUUAGGCAAAUGGAACGUGAAAGGAAAGCCAUGGCAGAAAAAUACAUUAUGACAGCUGCAAAACUCAUCGCUCCUGUAAUCGAAGCGUCUUUUGCUGUGGGCUAUAACUGGUGUGUGGAAGUAGUGAAAGCAUCUCAGUACGUAGAGCUGGCCAACGAUCUGGAGAUUAACAAAGCGAUUACAUACUUGAGACAAAAGGACUUUAACCAAGCUGUAGACACUUUGAAGAUGUUUGAAAAGAAGGACAGCAGAGUGAAAAGUGCAGCUGCCACCAACCUCUCGUUCCUGUAUUACCUGGAAAAUGAAUUUGCUCAAGCCAGCAGCUAUGCAGACUUAGCUGUGAACUCAGAUAGAUACAACCCAUCCGCUCUCACUAAUAAAGGGAACACGGUUUUUGCAAACGGUGAUUAUGAGAAGGCAGCUGAAUUCUAUAAGGAGGCCCUGAGAAACGAUUCUUCUUGUACUGAAGCACUUUAUAACAUUGGCCUCACCUAUAAGAAGCUAAACCGUCUAGACGAAGCCUUGGACUCCUUUCUGAAACUGCAUGCAAUCCUUCGGAACAGCGCUCAAGUUCUUUGCCAGAUAGCAAAUGUAUACGAGCUAAUGGAAGAUCCCAACCAAGCGAUUGAGUGGCUGAUGCAGCUCAUCAGUGUUGUUCCGACUGAUUCCCAAGCUCUGUCUAAACUGGGCGAGCUGUACGACAGUGAAGGGGACAAGUCCCAGGCCUUCCAGUAUUACUACGAGUCAUACAGGUAUUUCCCUUCUAAUAUUGAGGUCAUUGAGUGGCUUGGAGCCUAUUACAUCGAUACCCAGUUCUGUGAAAAAGCUAUUCAGUACUUUGAAAGAGCAUCUCUAAUACAACCCACACAAGUGAAAUGGCAGCUGAUGGUAGCUAGCUGUUUCAGAAGAAGUGGUAACUACCAAAAGGCCUUAGAUACUUACAAAGAGAUUCACAGGAAAUUUCCAGAGAAUGUUGAAUGUUUGCGUUUCUUGGUUCGUCUCUGCACAGAUAUUGGAUUAAAAGAAGUUCAAGAAUAUGCCACAAAACUCAAGCGGUUGGAAAAAAUGAAAGAAAUGCGGGAACAGCGCAUAAAAUCAGGCAGAGACAACAGUGGAGGCUCCCGCAGCAAACGAGAGGGGAGCGCUGGCAGUGAUAGUGGCCAGAACAAUAGUGCCAGUAGUAAAAGUGAACGACUGAGUGCCAAGCUCAGAGCUUUGCCUGGGACAGAUGAACCCUAUGAAAGUAGCAGUAACAAAGAAAUAGAUGCCUCCUAUGUGGAUCCACUGGGCCCCCAAAUAGAAAGACCAAAAACUGCAGCCAAAAAGAGAGUCGACGAGGAUGAUUUUGCUGAUGAAGAGUUAGGAGAUGACUUGCUUCCAGAAUAAUACAAACUCUAAUAUGCUGUGAGUGAGUGUGUGUGUGUAAGCCAGAAGCCAGCCUCAGGUGUUGUUCCCCAGGCACUGCCCAUCCGCCAUUUGCCAUUUUUAUUUGUGAGCGCCCCUCUCUGGCCUGGAACACACCCUGUAGGCGAUGGCCAGCAACCCCCGGGAUCUGCCUGUCUCCACUUCCUCUUCCCCGGUGCUGAGAUUGUAAACACAUGCCACCACACCCAUCUUUCCUUAAAGGGGCUCUGGGGCUUGAACUCAGGUCCUCUGGCUUGCAAGGCAAGCACUUUCCCAACUAUACUCUCCCUGGCCCAGUAAGUCAUUUACUAAAGAAAAGAAAUCACCUUGUAAGAUAAUGCUCAUGUUAAACCUGGGGUCAGAUGUCCAAACUUUAAUUUUGUACACUGUUGAAACUUAAAUGUAUUCUGUUCUCUGAAGAUGGAUUUGUGCUGUCAUUUUUAAUGGAAUAAAAGCCAUGAAGCUGCUACCUCAGGCCAAUGACU